UAAAUGAAGCUCAUCCAUUCAAUGCAGAACCAGCUACCAGAACCAUCCCCAUCUCUGUUGCCGCAUGUAUCUGGGGUCUAUGCUGUAAUCAGUCGGUAAUUACUCAGGAUUGUGGCUUUUGCUCUGCAGCUCGUCGUUUCUGCUUCUGAAACUCUUCGCUAGGGUCCAUAAAUUGAACUGUGGCGUGAGAGCGCUCAAUCACGCAGUUCUUGGCCUUUGAGCAGCAGGCGACGAGAUUGGCCUCCGAGGAAUCAUGGUGAAGGUUGUGAAGGUUUACGAAUUUGGGGGACCUGAGAAACUCCAAUUCGAGGAUGUGGAGCUUGGAAAACCCGGCCCUAAACAAGCAAGGGUAAAGCAUGCCGCAGUAGGCUUGAACAUGAUCGAUACGUAUUUUAGAAGAGGCCAGUACAAGGCGGAUCUCCCCUUUGUUCCAGGAAUGGAGGGUGCCGGUACGGUGGAAGAAGUUGGAUCCGAGGUCACAGAUGUAGGAGUCGGAGACAGAGUGUGCUAUGCAGGAGUAAUGGGGUCGUAUGUCGAAGAGAAGUUGAUCGAUGCGGAGAAACUGGUGAAAAUACCUGACGGAAUUGAGUUCACCGUUGCUGCUGCUCUUAUCCUGAAAGGAAUGACAACUCAAGUUCUCCUCCGCAAAGUUUUCAAGGUUGAAAGCGGGCACACAAUCGUUGUUCAUGCAGCCGCUGGUGGAGUUGGAUCACUCAUGGUGCAGUGGGCCAGCAGCAUAGGUGCAACUGUGAUUGCAUGCGUGUCCAAUGAAGAGAAAGGAAAGCAAGCAACGGCGGAUGGCGCACAGCACGUGAUUGUGUACUCCGACAAUAAUCUUGUGGAGAGAGUGAAGGAAAUUACAAAAGGAGUGGGUGUCCCCGUUGUAUACGACUCGGUCGGCAAGGAUACGUUUCAGGCAUCGUUGGAAUGCUUGGCUUACCGAGGAAUGCUUGUUUUGUACGGGCAAGCCUCAGGCCCUCCAGAGCCUAUCCCUGUUACUGCCAUAGCGUCAAAGUCGCUGUUUAUCAGCAGGCCGUCGUUGAUGCAUUACAUCAUGACUCGAAAGGAACUUGAGGAGAUUGCAGGUGAUUUGUUUGCAAAUGUUGCAAAUGGAGUACUGAAAGUCCGGGUGCACGCAAUCUAUCCCCUGUCACAAGCUGCCAAAGCGCAUGAAGAUCUUGAAGGGCGUAAAACAACAGGAUCUACAGUUUUUGUACCCGACAGUGUGUAGUGAUUAGUAUGAACACUACAACCAGAUUGUGUACGUCCACCACCACGAAGGGCUGAGCAUGCGCAAGAACGUUCUACGUGCAUCGGAGCAAUGCGUGCAGAAAUAACAGCCCAGCAUAUACAUGUGAGGGAUCUGGUCACCGCAAGUGUUUUUCCUACUGUUUGCAUCUUUGUGGUGACCAGCAUCAAAUUGUAAAUAACUGAUGGAGUUUCCUGCAGAUAGUUCGGCUUUUCCUGGGUAUCCUGUGGAAGUGGCACUCUUCUUCGCACUCUUCGGUUAUGUGCACAUAUACUUGUAUGUACAUACGUAUGUAUAUAUGGACAUUGUUUCGUGAAUUAUGAAGUGAAACAACACAGCGGAAUGAAAAGUCGAAUUCUGCACUUUUUUGUGUCA